GCCCCGCUCGAGACGGGCGGAUCGCAGUGCUGCGAGAAGGGCGCGCCGCCGAUGCGGAUGCUGACCGCCCUCCGCGCGCCGGCGCCGCGCCUGGCCUCGGGCGCCCACGCGCUGUGCAAAAUUGACGAAAGCACCGAGUUGCGGCGCGAGAUGGUGCAAAACAAUGCGGACGGCGCGCGGUUGGGGGAGCUGGCGCGCAGCCGGCGCUCGGUCAUGUCUAGCGGCUGGCGCGCCGACUCGCGGCGGCAUGGCAAGUUUCACAUUGCGCUGCCUCGGCUGGAUGGCGCGCCCUUGCGCGCGGCGGCUCGGCUCGCGGACCAGCGCGGCGCAGCGCCAACGCAUGGGGCGGAGGCGCCGCAGUUCCGUUUCCCGGUCGAUGGGCUGAGGAGCAUCGGCGCCAGAAGAUCGCGCGCGCCGAGCGGCGGGGCCCGCCUGGGGCCCCUGUUGAGCCACGGUGUCGCGAACCACGGUUGGACGAUGGAGACUGUCUGGGCGGCUGACUUCCCGUCGGAGGUGGCCGGCCAGGCCGGCGAUUCCAUCUGCGGCGCGGCGCUGGUGAGUGCGACGGACGUCGUGGCGACGUUUCGCAUCAAAUGCGAGCCGUCGUCCGUCCGGCCCCCGACCCACGAGCUGGCCCGUCGCGUCGUGGCCGAGUGGCAG